CCCACCUCCUCUCCAGACCUACAAUGACGAACCUCACCAGCACCUCCACGAACCGCGUCGCGUCGGGAGUGUUGACAAAGUACACCUUCCCCUCGUCGUCGCUCGGCGGCCUGUCGACCUCGGUCAACGUCUACGUCCCCGACAGCGCCAAGUCCUCGCCUGCGCCGGUGCUGUUCUACCUCGCCGGCCUCACAUGCACGGAGGACACUGGCGCGCAGAAGGGCGGCCUGUUCAACUCCGCAGGCAAGGAGGGCAUCGCGCUCGUGUUUCCUGACACGUCGCCGCGCGGCGCCGGCGUCGAGGGCGAGGACGCCGACUGGCAGCUUGGUACUGGCGCCGGGUUCUACAUCGACGCCACGGAGGCCAAGUGGAAGACGCACUACAACAUGUACUCGUUCAUCGUGGACGAGCUGCCGAGCGUGUUGAAGGCUGCGAACCUGCGUCUGGACUUCUCCCGCUGGUCCAUCACCGGCCACUCGAUGGGCGGACACGGCGCGCUCAGCAUCUACCUCAAGAACCCGGCGCUGUUUAAGAGCGCGAGCGCGUUUGCGCCUAUUGCCAACCCCGCCGUCGUCCCGUGGGGCAUUGGCGCCUUCACGGCCUACCUCGGCGCCUCGGCGGGCACCCCGCCGACCGCCUGGCUCGCUCACGAUGCGUCGCACCUCCUCGCCAACUCCACCGCGCCCAAGGGCUCGCUCCACCUCCUCGUCGACGUCGGUACCGCCGACCAGUUCCUCACGGCCGGCCAGCUCACCCCCGAGGCGCUCGAGCGCGCCGCUGAGGCUCGCGGCGCGAAGGGGGAGCUCGAGCUCCGCCGCCAGGAGGGAUACGACCACUCGUACUACUUUAUCUCCACCUUCUCCCCCGACCACGUCGCGUUCCAUGCCAAGUACCUCAAGGCGUAGACGAGCUGCCAAAAUGUGAAAUCUUGAUUUUGAAGGCUUCGACGCACGACUGACUGGGGCAUACCUUCUGGCAUUGUGAACUUACACCACACCACAUGUGAUAUGUACA